UUUGAAGGUUGAUAGUAAUUUAUGAAAAACAAUUUAAGAAAUAAUAGAAAGGAAACAAAUAUUUUAUGUCGUUUAUAAUAAUUGUGAUUUAUUAAUCCAUGAAUUGUUAGUCGGUGGGAAGCCGAGCCAUUUAACAUAUACAUUGUCUCCAUUACUUUUAAGUACUUUUUCCACGAGAUAAAUAUGAGGGUAUUUAGUCUUUUGUAAUUCUUUUUCGUAAAAACAUCCACUAAUAGGUUGACCAUUAAAAUCUUCAAGGAGAUAUGUUGGCGGGUUGGUUAGGUUUACUUUUCUUAUCAUAAAAAUUUCCGUUGUCCAAUUUGGUGUGAUUAAAACUAAAUUCCUUCCACAUUUUUUUCAGAAAUUUCUGUAUAAAUAGCUGUUUCAGUUUAGGAUGUAUCUCAUACCGUCGACGAUGAAUCUCAGAGAAGAACUUUUACAAGUUGAAGAGGAAGUUUUGUUCAAGCCUUGUAAAAAGGUUAUUGAAUUAAAACAAAAUGAAAAAUAUCGUAUUGGUAAACUGAAACGUUGUGUUACGAAAUUUGGAGAACGAAUUGUUGCUGAUUUGGGCGAAUUUCAGACUUUCUUCCCAAUGCGAUACAACAAAUUGUCAGACGCUGCAAUAACCGAAAUCAAUCGAGGUUCAUUCAACUUUACCUAUUUAUGUCCGUUAGGACGAACUGCUAGUAUUAAAAUUGAAGAAGAACUGUAAAUUAUUAAAUAAACCUUACAUGUUCUGAGCAUA